CUGAAUCUCAAUUACAUUCUUCAAUUCAUCAUCCAUCAUCCGUCCGCGCAAUUACGCCAUGUAAAAAAAGAACCACCCCGACAACCGCGACAAUGCCACCAACGCCAAACCCGGAGCUUCGAAGGCAGGUGAUUGCCAUCUACAAAGAGCUCCUCAACCUCGGCAAGGACUAUCCCCAAGGCGGCCUGACAUACUUCCGCCCGCGACUGCACAAGGCCUUCAUGUCCAACGCCCACCUGCGCGAUGAGGACAAGAUACGGGAGGGGAUCGCGCGCGCCGAGUUUGUGCAGAAAGAGAUCGAGGCAUUAUACUACUUGAAACGAUACAGGACGUUAAACAAACGAUACAGCCCCGGUUGAGGAAAAAAAAUCCAUACACAAGAUUUAAAAAAAGCAACCCAGAAGACGCUUUUCCCGGGGAUUGCUUACCUCGACAAAAACAAAACAAAACAGCCUUAUAAAACGCUAGACUGCCAGUCUAUAUUACCUUCGUCCACACCACCCAAGUGAACCGUAAAAGAGAGACGAAAACGAAACCCCCCACGUAUCUCCAAGGUAACAAAAGCGCUGGAAGCCGACAGCAAAAAAAAAAAAAAAAACUACCCGCAUGUUUGGGGGUACCCAAAGUUCUACGUCACAGCAUAAUCGGGAAAAGGUGGUGAUCUUUUUGAUCCCACGGCGAGUGGCGUUGAAGCCAGGUCUUUGAUCGUUCCCCCCUUCAAUGAUCACUCCGGCAGGUCUGCCUUUUAUCAGGCAAGGCAAAUCAAAUGAAGAAAGGUGAACGCAGAUAACAGUUGCAAGGAUCACAAAACCCCAAGGCCGAUAGCGAAAACAUGUAGUCACUAAAGGGUUGGAAAGACGUCAAGAGGAAUGGAUACAUUUCAAGAAAGCGUCCUUUUCUUUAGCCAAGCUCCAUAUUCUGAGACAUAGAUAACAAGAAAUCAUAAUAAUCAAGAUUGGAAUGAACAAAACAAUUGAGUUCAUAAAAAAAAAAAAAAAAACGCCGCAUACCGCCAGUGCCUUUGCCAUAACCUUGUCUGAAGUCUG